AUGUUAAUGUUAACAUUUAUGGAAGAAGGAAAACACCAUGGUCAAGGGCCGUCGGCCCACCACCAACAUCAGCAACUUAAUGACAGAUUCAGCCGUCCAGUAUCGGCUCCUGAUAACCGGACACUUGGACCUUCAACUGACGACAGGCACCAUCCAUCUUCUGCAGUUAAAAACGGAUUUACUGAACACUUACCCACUGGCGUUGGUUUCGAUGUAAGAAGCCUUGAGAGUGUUGACAAACCUUUGUCAAAGGCUUGGAAAACAACAUUAGCCGCUGCUUCCAACCAGACAACCAUGAACAAGGAACGGAAAAGGCCCGUCCGAAAGGGCCCAAAGGUGGUAGAAAGACCAGUCCGAGCGCUCAUGUGUUUAACCUUGAAGAAUCCUCUACGGAAAAUGUGUAUUGAUAUAGUGGAGUGGAAGCCGUUUGAAUAUCUUAUUCUCUUGACCAUCUUUGCCAACUGUGUCGCAUUAGCUGUCUAUACACCUUACCCAAACAGUGAUUCGAACCAUAUUAAUCAGUUUUUGGAAAAAGUAGAAUACGUUUUUCUGGUGAUCUUCACAAUUGAAUGUGUUUUAAAGAUUAUAGCUUAUGGGUUUCUAUUUCACCCAGGUGCUUAUCUGCGUAAUGCAUGGAAUAUACUUGAUUUUAUUAUAGUCGUAAUAGG